GUACUUCCGACCAUCGCUCCCGAGCAGCUGAUUAUCCAAACAAAUCAUGGCGGAGAAAGGAGCAGAAGGAUCCGCGAAACGGGUGCUAACAGCGGCAGAGAACAACCUCUUCCGCCGCCCACAGGAGCUCGACUACUGGAGGAAAAACGCAGCGCGGCUCCGCAGGCGGAACCUGCUGACCGGCCUGACUAUCGGGGCGUUCGUGGUCGGGAUGUUUAGCUACACCAUCCUGUCCGUCAAACAGGAGAAAAUCAUGGAGGAGCUGGAUGAUGAAGCCAGGAUCCAAGUCUACAGAGGGCCACGGACCGGCGCCAACUCCUGAACUGCUCUGUGGCCCCUUACCACAUGGGGAGUGUGGGCCCUUAUGUGUGACAUCAGACCGUAUGGGGACAUCACACUGAGUGGCAUGUGAUGGGUCACGUCGGCUGAGCUUCUCAUACUUAAGACACUUGCCACUGUAAUUCAUAAAAGGACAUUACAGAUGUUUUGAUUGUUUGUUUGCUGUUUGGAAAUACAACAAAUCUACUGUUGAAA